AUGGAAUCCGAAACAGAAAUCAACACAUUGAAAAUUACAAAUAUUGUUGGGAAUGAAGUGAAGUUAGAUAAAAGUUCAGAGUUCAAGGUUACCGCCCCAAGUGGCGGUUCUUCUAAAGUCAACAUUCCAUUUGACGACGACGACGUAGUCACGUUAAACGUUGGCGGUAUACGUCAUGAGACCCGAAUAUCGACGCUAAUGAAAAAACCGGAGACUAGACUUUAUGCGGUCGGAGAGACGGCGAAAGCUAGCGGGCAGAGGGAGUUCUAUUUUGACCGGAACCCGCAGAUAUUCCCCUGCAUUUUGAACUACUAUCGCAUAGGAAAGCUUCACAUCCCUACGGACGUAUGCGGACCGGCGGCCAAAGCGGAACUGGAUUACUGGGAGUUGGAAGACAAGGACAUUCAGGAGUGCUGCUGGGUGAACUACAUCAGCUACGAGGAGACGAUGGAGAUGCUUGAACGCUUCCAGGCCGACGAAAGCGACAAACUUAAGCCGGUAUACGUACCACCGGGCUCUUCGUUCUACGCCAAAGCCCAGCCGAAGAUCUGGCGAGCCCUCCAGGAUCCGUACAGCUCAAAACCUGCAAUGAUGUUUGCUGUUCUCUCGUUGAUCAUCGUGCUUGUCUCCAUCACCGUUUUUGUAAUCGAAACGCUUCCUACCUUUCAAUCUGUGUUCGUCCAUGCAUCUCACUCCAGUCGCAAUAUCACCAGCAACGACCUGCGCAACGAGAUGAACAUUUUCAGUGACAUCUCACCCAACGAUGUCUUGCUCAUCAUAGACAACUCAUGCAAUCUGUUUUUCUUCAUGGAAUUUAUUAUCAAGCUCGUUGCCUCGCCUAACAAACGCAAGUUUUUUAAGAGUCCGUUGAUAGUCAUUGAGUUGUUAUGUCUGAUACCUUACUACAUUGGUGUUUUAACAGUGAUGACACAUCCGGAUCCUAUUUCCUUAUUUACCUUGAUUCGUGUGUUGUUUGCAACUCGAGUUUUGAGGAUAUUUAGAAUAUUCGUGCUCAUGAAGCACUUCCUUGCUUUAAAAAUUCUCAUGUUCACCAUUCGCGCCAGCACAAAAGAACUAUUUCUCUUAUUAAUCGUUCUUAUCAUAGGGGUUGUAAUUUUUGCUUGUUUAGAAUACUACAUGGAGCUUUUCUCUGGAACGACUUCUGAAUUUGAUAAUAUUCCAAUAGCGUUCUGGUGGGCGUUGAUCACCAUGACAACAGUGGGUUACGGUGAUGUGAAGCCAACCACCGAACUGGGGUACUUGGUAGGCGGUUUUUGUGCAAUCAGCGGAGUUCUCGUAAUUGCACUCUCCGUUCCUGCGAUAGUUAAUAACUUUACUCUAUAUUAUACACAUGCCCAGUCACGCGAAAAAUUGAAGCUUAGGAAAAAGAAGUUUGAACAGAAUGAAAAAUGGCAGCGAUUAAAAGCUGGUGUAAGGUCAAAAAUUAAAAGCGGAGCUUUGAACGGAAUCCUCAGUGAAAUGAAGAAAACAAAUAGCGUAAAUGCACAUUCAAAGGUGUCUUUACUGAAACUAGAUGGAUGCCAAAGGUCGUUUACCAAAAAUGUAACAAUAAAUUCAAUACCAAAUACGGCCCGUGACAUUAUCAUGGAAGACAUAAGUGACACCACACAAGAACAAACAGAAAACGCGGAAGAAAACUCUGAACAAGAAACACAUAUAGGUAACGGAACGGUAUCACACAUUGUACAAGAAAAUGGAACAAUAUCAAAUAAUAUUGGGUCGCAUGCGCAGAGAACAAAGAGCAAAACUCUUGCAUUUAAGUUUUUCUCUGGUGGAUUUCGAGCGCCUGGCUUCCUACGAAACGGCAUUGUAGGGAAGCAAGGGUCUUCUCUUCUUCUAUCUUCAAGAAUUCGGCGUUCUUCGAGGGUGUCGCAAUUGGAGAAAAAGCCAUGGCACCCUUAA